UGCUCACUGUCUGGGAGGCAGCCUACUGGAGCACACUCCUUCUUCGUCUCACUACUUCUGCCUUCCCCUACAAGGAUACUGCAUUCUUUUGCGAAGGAAGGCUCUUCUCAAAGUGGACUCUCAUCCCUUUUUGCUGACAUCUGUCCUAGAUUAUGCUCGUAUCUGUGUAUGUAAGCGGGAUUAUUAAUCCAGCUUGAGGAUUUAGCUGUUUUUUUUUUUUGGACCUCCAAGGGAUUUUUUUUUUUUUUUUUACCCCCAAAGGAUGCAAUAGGCCUAAAAGGAUAAGGAACUCUUGUCUCUUCAGUGUCAGUGAAUUUUGUAACACCAUGGCUGCAUUCUACAGCUGCUUGCGAGGAAAGAAAUAAGGCAUGAAAAGGCGGAUGUCAUCCAACCGGCACUAGAGUUGGAGGUGCUGCAAGAAGUGAUUGUGGCAUCAUGGCCUCAGGAUCUGCAGAUGCCACCGCAGCCCAUGAGCCUUCAGAUGUAUCAGAGGAAUGCCCAGGGAAAAAGAAGUCCAAAUUCCAGACGUUCAAGAACUUCUUCGCUAAGAAGAAGAGGAAGGAGCCGGCUGCUCCCGUGGGGGAGAGUGGGUUGAAGUCCAGUCAGUCCAGUGAUGAUGUUAACACUCCUGAGCCCACCCCCACGCUCUCUGACAAAGACAGCGACUCUGGGUCCAAGAUCAACAUGGGGAACAAGGCUUUGUCACAUGACAGUGUAUUCGCCUCUGAAUCUCCCUGUUCCGAAACGAAUGAAGCUCUCCGAGCCUCCCAGGACAGCAUACAUGGGAAAGUCAAAUCCCUGCAGCUGCAGCUGAAGCAGGCGAUCCGACUUGGCUCUCCGCCGGCAGUCGUCUCUGUGAGGAAGGGCGAGGAUGCGGGAGCUGUGUCAGAGGAUGAUGGUCUGCCCUGCAGCCCACCAGAGUACUCCACCCUCCAUACUGUUCUGGCAACUUCCUCUCAAAGGUCGUCUGGUGUGGUCCAGAGAACCAGCUCCCUUAGCAUCGAGGGAACAGACAGCGAUGAUGACCAGCUGUCUUACGGAGCCUCGUCCAGGCCGGGUACCCCGCAGGCAUCCAUCCCUGUGGACUUCAGUCAGCCAGCUAGCUCACUCUCCUGCCUAGACAGCUCUGCUGCUCACCAUCGCAUCGCUGUCAAAGCCAAGGCCUGCGCUAAGAGAAAGCCUGCCAGUAGGGAGAAAAGAAACCUGAGAGAAACUGUCCUGCUCCGCGACACAGAAGACAAACUGAAAGCCCUCAGAUCAAGUACAGAAGAGGAACAGAAUGAAGUUGAUGCUUCAGAGACCGUACAGAAGGUCGAUGAGCCACACGAAGACCCUAAGUCAAGCCCAGCACUGCAUAAUGUUGAGGAGCAGCAAGCCUUGUCCCAAAGCCAAAGAGCAUCAACAACAUCCGCCGCCUCCACUGAGACUUCUGAGGAUGAGGAACGUCUUCCUGACGCAGAUCACGUCCCCAACUCCAAGAUCCCAGAAUCCUCCUGGGAGAGCCCAGUGACUCUAGAGCUCCAGGCUGACGACUUCCUACUGGAUUCAGGCUGUGAGGUCGUUUCUAAGGAGCAGGGGUCACUGCUAGAGGAAGUGCUGAGCUCCCUGAAGGGCCCCCUCGCAUCAAGCUUGGUGCUGGACCCUGAAGACAAGCCUGAAAAGAUGGAGAUGGAAGAAGACAUGUCAGUUACCCAGGAUGAGAAAGCCACUAUAGACCUCCCUGUUUCCACAGACCAAGGUUUGACCCUGGAGGAAAAUGCGUUGUUUGAACAAAACACUCUUACUGAAGAAUCAGUUAAACAUUUGCAAGAGGCUGAAGAGCCUCUAGAGCAAGAAGAGGAACCAGAGGAACAGGAAUUGGCUGAGGAGGCCUCUUCUGAAGAAAACCAACAAGUGCCUGAAGCUGAUAUGGAAAAAGAGGAAUCUGAGGAUGAGGACGACCAUGAGGAAGCCCAGGAUGAAAAUAAAUGUGUAAUGGAGGAAUUUGAGGAAGUGGAUGAAGCAGACGAAGUGAACGAAGAGGGUGAUACCAGGAAAGAAGCUUUGGAGGAAGUGGUCGGGAAACAGGAGUACAUGGACAACAAUAACAGGGACUACACAGAUGAGGGAGAAGAUGAGGAAAAUGAGGAAGAUGUGGAAAAAGUAGGUGCAGAAGUUGAGCAAGAGGAAGUUGUGGUGGUUGAAGAAAACAGCAAUCAAGAAGUAGAAGAAGAUGCAGAGAUCCAUGAAGAAGAAAAAGAAGAACUUGUACAGGAACAAGAAGAAAAUGAGACCAAAGAUGAACCCUCUCCAUUAGAAGAUGAACGAGAACUUGAAGAAGCCACAAAUGACUGCACUGAAGUUAAAAACAUCCAUGAAUCUGAAGAGUCCAUUGAAGAUGCCUUGGUAUCAACAGGAACUGCAGAAGGCCAACCUGAGGAAGUUCCGGCACAGUUGCCUGUUGAGCGGCCAUCUUUUGUGGUGACCACCUCCCUAGACCUCAGUUUGCCUAAUCGAGACUCGCAAAUCGAUGCCUCAAAGCAGCAGCAGGAGGAGGAGGAGGGGGACAAGCUGGAAAUUCCACAGCAAGAUGACACCAGUAACCAAGAGGUUAAUCAAGAAGGUCUUCAAGAAGAGUCUUCAGAAGGUCCUCAGAUAUCUGAUGAUGCUGCAGAGGCACAGGAGGCAGUGACAGGUGAGCCCCAUCGCCCUCGUUUUACCAUCGCUCCAGCCUGGCAGAGGUCACUGUCCGGUGGGUCUACCAAGGAGCAAUUCCAGGAUAUAAUAGUCUCUGAAUCAGGAGACGAACCUAUCUUCAAAGCAUCCCUGAGCGUAGAUCAGUCUUUUGAUGCUGUGAAGGCUGAGCGUCCCUCCAGCCCAUACCGCACUCAGAGUGUACCAUCCCUCCCCGUUCAGAGAGAGACAGGCCAAGUGAACGAGGAAGCAACUCCGGAGAACCCGUUUGGAGUUCGGCUGAGAAAGACUGCAAUUCUGCACCGCUAUGCUUCAGAAGGUGAAAGUGCUGAUACCAGUCCCAUCACACAAACAGAGCCAGCAGAGGUGCACAAGUCUCCAGUAUCACUGGACCAGCAUGCCAGAAAGCCUGUCUUGCCCAAGAAGCCUGAUCAGUUGGUUGAUGGUGGUGUGAAACCCAAGAGAACCUCAGAUGUGGCAGUGAGCAAAGUAUCAGUAGAGAGUAGUUCAGAGCCUCCAAGCUGGAUUUCUGUGGCCAGACAGAAGCAGAAAAUCUUCAGCUCCCUGGAGGAAUCCCCUGAAAGACAGGAGGAAUUCAAUAAAAAGGGUUCCUUGCCUGAUUUAUCAAGUCCAGUCACCAAAGAUCAACAGAAACCUGCUGCUUCACCUGUUAAAGUGUCCUGCUCCUUGGAGAUAUCCAAACCAGCCUUGGUGGAGAAAGAGAACAAGCGGACCAUCAGCCACCCGAAUCCGGCUCCUCUCGCCCAGGACGAGCCCCCAUGGCUGGCUCUGGCCAAGAAAAAAGCCAAAGCAUGGAGUGAAAUGCCACAGAUUGUGCAGUAACACCAGCUGGGAGCCUUGGUAGGAUGAGUCGACGCAUGACACGCUUCUAAAGCCUGCAGGACGUUUGCACACACAGAUACUAACUCAUCCCGGUUCUCCACAUGUUUCUUACCACUCCUGUUUGCACAGAAGUAGACAAACAUAUACACAGAUACACACAGACUUGUGGUGGGUGUACACAAUAUAUCCUGAAACCCAUUCACCGUUAGGCUUGUGCCUGAGACCUGGAGAAGGAACACUCCGGAAGAAAGGAUUGGAAGGAUGGUGAACAAAAGAGAAGGGUUGUAAAGAUAUGUUUUAUUUUGUCUUAAAGUUACAUGUUCAUCGUCAAAAAUAAGUAAAAGACAGGUUUUAGGAGGGAAGGGGGGGGGGUCCUCAUUUGAGGUUUAAAACUAGUCUUAAAACUAAAAUAAAAAUUAUCAUGUCUCAAUUUAAUCAUCCUUUUCUAUCCAACAAUACAUUUUCUACAAAAUCUUCUUCAAUAUGUAAAGCAUUCUCUGAAGGACUAUGUUGCUUCUGUUCACUCAAAAGAGCAGUUUAAUUAAAGAACUGAAAAUGACUGAAAAGAAACACUAACUGCUCUUUUUUAAGAAUAAAUAUGAUCAUUAAUCCAAUAGCCUUUGUAAUUGUGGUAACUGUAAUCAUGUUUGAAGGAGUCUGAUGGGGUCUUUGUAUUUAUUUAUCUCUUUCAUAUAUGUUUUAUGUAAUUUUGUUCUAUUUUUGUAUUACCUUUACGUGCACAGUUUUGUGACUUAAAAAUCUUGUACAUAAAAAUCUUA